ACGAGAGCCUUGCUGCACUCCUCCUCAAUAAUACCCUUACAGCAAGCGGUUGGCGGGUUAGAGGCAGGUACAUCGUCUACCAUGGAAAGACAUAAUUCUAAUCCAGAGCUUGGCUCUAAGCCCACCGGCUACCCCAGAGUUGCCCAAAUCUCCAGGCUGGCUGGUAAUGGCUCCAGCGAAAAGCGAGCAACGUCUUUUGAAGAGGUUAGCCACCUCUUAUCUUCUCAUCAAACGUCAAAGGAAUCCCGCCGCAGAGCAACGAGUCAGAUUGCUUCUCCGGUCGUCGAUUUUGAUGUGGCCGUCGCAGAGAAGCCGCAGAAAACCCUCCAGGGCAGUCACCCAGAAGAGGGCCCAAAGUCUUACUAUGUCAUCAAUCCCAUAGUCCCCGGCUCGGCUUGGUAUUUUACCAAGGGAAAAAGCAAUUCCAAUACGCAUGAAUAUGAAGUUGAGAGAGUGUCAACUCAUCUUGUUGAUAUCGGACAAAACCGCAUAGGAUACCUAAUUGAAACCGCAUCUCGGGACGACGUGACUGCGGUUGCCGGAGGACGGCCUGCGUCCUGGACCCCUAAAGGCCAGAAUGGUUGGUCUACCACAUCAACGUCAUCCAUAGAGAAAGCCAACAAUGUCACAGAAGCAGAACCCGGUAAAAGGGCGAGUCGUUUCGAAAGAUUUGACUCGGAAGGAGACUUCGAGACAGAGUUACACGAUGAGUCGGCCAUCAUUGUGGACCGUCAAGACAUUCCUCUCAUCACUGAGAUGAUCUUUCGACAAUUAAACACGACUAGACUAAAACGAAAUAGCUCUCGAAUGAUCGGCGGCCCUACGGAAAAGCACGAAGCAUCGUCUAACGAGAAUGGGGAACUCGCGAACAUCAUCGAGGCUACACUAAUGGCUUUUAGAAGACCUGUACGAUAUGACAUUACACCCGAGACAGGCGAGGCAGACAUCUCUCAAAGCAAACUGCCGGUUCAGUUUGCGAUGGAGCACGAUAGCCAACGUAUAAAGCUGCAACCGUCUGUGGCAUCAGAUGCAGGAAAUACCUUGAGCAUACCCCAGACGUCAUUUACCGCCGCAGAUUCCACCCACAAGGUCAAUGGAGCCAGAGAGAAGUGGCAGCAAGAAGCAUCAUCGACAUCGACAACGUUGUUUUCACAACAAAGCGCGACUUCAAUCACUUGGACGAAGCAUGGCGGUCAUGCAGGAGAAUCGCUCUUAUCCCCCGAUUCAGCCAAUAGCUCCUCAGAUGACAACUCUGAGAGGACUUCUCAAACCCGUCGAACUUCAUCCUGUCGCACCCACAAACAAGACGAGAGAUUGGAAGCAUCUCAGGCCUCCAUCGGUUCUUCCAGCGUUGCGUCAACCAUCACCUCAUUUCCGAAACUUCUUUCGCGACAUUGCACCAGGGAAUGGAUCAAACCUCUAGUCAGUCUAGAAGACAAAUCUACCAAUCCAUCCCAUCAAGGGGUAGAUGAUGGCACUAAUCGCAUUUCUCGUGAACGCGAUACGUCAUUUACUGAGGCUACAGACCCAACGUGCUGGCCUGGUGAUAGUUUCCAAUCCAUUAAUACCUCAGGCUACUUCACGAAUGAAGCUCCAAAAUCCAGGCGCACAACUGUAUCUCAGUCUUCUCCGACCAAUAUGAAGAGCUUUGGCUGCCAAAUCGGCUCAUCGGCGCAUCGACGUCGAAGUACACUGACGUACGACUCUAAGGCUUCACCUUCAACAGACCACUUCUUUCCUAAUAUCCUCGGCAAAUUUUUUUUCGGAAACGGGCCAUUCACAGAACGCACUUCUCUUGUACCGGUUGAAGAUGGAGCUGGGAUGUAUGAUGUUCUUGUUGGAGGCAGUGUGGCGGCAGACAGAAGACGUCACCGUGAUACGUGUUCGGAGGAUAACAGGCCUCAUGUUUGCGAGGAUGACAUUGAAAAUCGAGUUAUGAAUGACGAAAUUGUGAACACCUAGCCAAGCGGCAUUCUGUCCCCUAUGUAGCAUAUUCUACGUUAUAAUAUUAAUCGUUACUAA